AUGACGCAUCAUUCAUCACAAAUUAUCAUCCUAGUAUGUCUGCUCUUUACACACAACCAAUGCCAAUAUAGCACUGAUUCAACGCCAGUGUUGAGUAGCACUUCGAUAUUGACGGAAUUCCAUUCUACUAGUGAUCACUCACCCUCAUCUAUCCUUUCGGGGGAAACAACUUCGUCGCCUGCCACUAAAAUCACUUCAUGGAAUUUAAUACAAGCGAUAUCAACGGAUGAUCGAACCAGUAUUUUACAAUCUUCUUCAGUUACAUCUCCCUCUUCAACAGAAACAACAUCUUCAUUGCACACGAGAAUUAUGUUAAUUUAUCGGUAUGUAAUCGAUACAUCAUUCGCACUGAAAUUAGGAAACAUUACUGAUCGAAUUAUUUUGAUUUCUGCAGAACGCAUGGUAACAUCAACUUUCAAUUUAACCGAUUUCAACAUCACAUUGACUCGAAUUGAGAUUAUUUCCGUAGCAAAAGAUAGUCAAAGUGAAUACUUCAUGCUUGCUGAUAUUCUCUUUCAAACGUAUCGUAAGGAUUGCGAUAUCGCUUGUAUAAAGGCAUCUGCAUCCUCAACGGGAACAGAAGAAGCUUUUCUUCUGCCGAUGGUAAACAGUACUUUCGUGAAUGUCACUGUCAAAUCAGGUCCACAGAUAGUUAACAACACGUCAGGUGCAACGCCAACACCCGUAAAUCAUAGAAAAGGUGAUUCACCGCCAGGAACACCGGGCAGAUUAGCAAUGGGCUUGAGUAUUCCACUUAUCAGUAUUUUACUAGCCAUUGAAAUUCUGUACUUCUAUCGAAAAUACGGAUCUGAUGGAUCGUAUCAUCCAUCAAAUCAAGAACUGUCUUAUUAUACAAGUCCACCAGCAGUCUAA